ACUUCCGCUUCCUGGUCAAGAUGGCGGCCGACACUCCGCCGGAGUCUGCUCCCCCUGAGCCUGGAAACGUUGUGAUAAAGACGGAGCCGGAGGACGGGGAUGAUUUCCUCCCUGCCCCGCGGGAGGCGCCGGUUAAACGGGAGCCCGCGGUGCCGCUGCAGUCCCCGGUGAGCGGGCUGCAGCCCCUCAGCUGGUCCCUGGACCACCGCCUGGCUGUGUGCACCUCCAGCGCCCUGGCUGUGAUGGAGCUGCGCUGCGACGUCCAGAGCAGCAAGCAGGAGCUGAGCCUGCACAGGACCCACGUCCCCGUCCCGAGCGAAACACACAGGCUGCGGGUCGAACCGUCAGCCGAACUGGCGCUAGCGAGGGAGAAGUUCUCGUUGGAUCCGGACCCCACGGUGAGGCAGGCGUUUCUGGCCGACACGGUGAUGAACCCGUCAGUAAGGGCGCACAAAGGGAUGAAGUACGCCUGCUGGUCGCCGUUAGGCUGCGGCGACUCCGGACGGUGUCUGCUCGCUUGCCUGACCCUCGACAACCGCCUCACCGUCCACAGCAGCCACGGGCACCUGGAGUGGAAAGCGCUGGUCAAUCUCACCCAGAAGUACGGCGAGAGGCUGAAAGAGCGACGCUACGCCAGGAAGGACGACAAGCCCCCCGAGGCGAACCUGUUGGACUACGCCGAGCUGCAGCGGCGCUUCCGCAUGCAGACCCCGCUGAGGAUGGCGUGGUCGCGCAUUUACGCCACCAAGAAGGUCCAGCCGGACAACAGCUGCGUGGACGAGGAGAUGGUGCUGCUGGCGGUGCUGAUGGAAAACGGCGACCUGGUGCUGUGGAAGUUCAUGCUGCCGCUCGCACACAAAGACCCCGCGGCCUUCUACGACCUGAUCGAGUCCGGCGUGAGCAGGCCCAGCGACGUGGCGUGGUGGGAGUACGAGAACGGGCCGCGGCGGAUGGGCGGCCUGGUCGUCGGCAGCGAGGUCGGCCCCAUCAAGAUCCUCCCCGUCAGCCUGUCGAAGGUGAAGGGCUACUUCACCGUCCGCCACCCCAUCGUCCUGUGGAAGGAGUGCGACGAGAUCGCGGUGGACAACAUCCGAGUCGUGCCGCUGACCCACCCGGUCCACAAAAGCAGCUGCAGCCUCAUCGUGGCGUCGCGCGGCUGCUACGUCUUCUGGAGUCUGCUGAGCGUCUCGCCCGCCGGCCUGAGCGUGCAGAACUCCCACAUAGCGGGACUCCACUCGCUCCCCGUGCUCUCCCUGGCCGUCCCGCAGCACGAGCUGGCCAUCUACUCCUGCUCCAUGGACGGCCGCAUAAAAAGGCUGACGCCGGCGCUGACGGAGAGCUCCGUGACCUUCGGGACGGAGGACGCGGUUCAGCCGGAGACGCUGGCGGGGAGGCGCGUACACGGGAUGGCGGUGAGCUGCCACGGAGCGUACGCGGCGCUGGUGAGCACGCAGGGGAUGGUCGGAGGCUUUCACCCCAUUAACAGGAGCUACCAGGUCCACUUCCUGACCCUGAAAACCCCCGAAGCCGCCGCGCCGCUGCUGCUCAGGUCCCCCGAGCAGAACCUGUACAACGCCACGGACCUGCUGGACCUGGUGAGGUGGCAGGUGUUGAGAAGCAAGCGCGUCCCGGCGGCGCUCCAGGAGGAGCUGGACCGUCAGCUCCGGGAGGAGGACUCGCCGUACCUGUGGCGCGUCAAGCUCUUCGUGGCGCGGGUUCUUCAGCAGUCGCUGAAGGUCCCGUCCACGGAAGACAAGUGGAGACCCAGGCAGAGGGAGACCAAAGUGUUGGUCCAGGACCUGAAGGAGGAAGAGGAGGAGGUGGGAAUGGAGAAAGACGCUGCUGAGGUGGUGGAGCUGGAGUCUGGGGGUGGAGUUGAAAAGAAGCCAGAGGACUACAGGGCCGAGGUGCAGACUCUGAUCAACGCUGCAGAGAUGCAUCUGAUGAGGGAAAAUAUGAAGAAGGUGUUGGGGGUGGUGUACCUCAACACCUGGCUGCCACAGAACACCUGUAUCCCCACCUGUGGCCUGAUGGAUUACCUAUCCAGAGAUCCUGACGACAGAGACUCAGAGGUGCUGAUUGGCCACAUCAAGAAGAAGCUGAACAAGCAGACGUUCCCUGAGCGCUGCAGCCUCUGCCAGGCCCCGCUGCCCUUCACCGACUGCAAACAGGCCGUCUGCGAGAACGGACACGUGUGGCUCAGGUGCGUGUUGUCAUACCAGGCCUGCCAGACGCUGACGUUCAGACGGUGCCUCCUGCAGGAUUGCAUUGCCAGACUGCCAGAGCCUGAGGAUCCGGAGUGGAUAAAGAAGCUCCUGAAGGCGCCCUGCCUGCUCUGCGAUUCGCCGAUGAUCUAAAAACCAAACAAUCUGCGAAGCCGUCUGCAACCCUCACGGCACCGCAGUCCUGAUCCGGGGGUUCAGUUUGCUUCAAAUUAUUGCUUCAAAGUGCAUAUUUCUGAUAUUUUAUUAUUUAUUUUUAAUAGUUGAUAUUCUUCUAAUAAAAAGAGCCAAUAAAAAGCCUUUAUUUGU